CGAGCCUUCAGCAGUCUUCCCCAAAUCUACUCUUAAAGCCCACAAGACAAGAUCGUGUGACAGCAGCGUAAUACUACAGAGACGGGAGCAUGAUCUGCCAUGAGACGCUUCAGGUCUCAAGGGCACAUUUAACGGCUAAUGAAGCAUUCUUCAGCAAAGAGAAACGGAUCGUACUAGAACUUUAAACGCCAGGGAUUAAUGCGAGUGAUUUAGUGAGACUGAAAACCUGAAUCAUUCAUAGCAGGGAACUGUACAAGUGGCCGCUGCGCUUUGGACAGGCAGUAGCCAGGAAUGGUGGAUCACUUGCUGCUUGAUGAAGAGACUUUCUUUCCUUACACUUAUUUGCUGCCAGCCCACAACCCAUCGGAUAUGGUGACAGACGAGGGGGUGUACCAUAUGCUUCCAUCACCAUUCUCAGAGGAUAACCUGAGUGACUCAUCUAGCCCACGUUCCUGUUCCAGCCCUGAGUCUCAGGUGUUGGGCUCUAGUUGUGGGAGUAACUCAAGUGGAGAAAGUCAAGAUGGCCUCCUUGACUUCCUUCACUCCCAGUCCCUAACUGUGAGCCAAAACUCGUCGUCCUCCACCACGGUGUCUCCCAUGGUCCCUCCCGUUCUUCCCAUGGGUCUGGCUUGGGAGUCACGCCGGGACCGCACCACCAAAGAGGAGUGCUUUGAGUUCCCUGUUUUCCCUGGAGAUUUGGAGGACCAUGCGGGGCUACUCUUUCAGCCCACUCUGGAGGAGAUCGAGGAGUUCCUCGAGGAGAACAUGGAAGUGGUAGCCUUGAAAGAGGAAGCUGGAGAGGGUCUGGUGACCUGUGAGAGCAUGCAAGGACCUACAGAACCUUGGGCUCAAAACUUAGACCAAACAGUGCCUGUCUCAAGUGACAUAGUCGACGCCAACUCUGAUCCCGAAAGUGGACAAUCCGCAGUAGCGGCCUCUGCAAAUCCUUCAAACGCGUUGAAAAAGGAGGACUCUUCUGGAAAGGUAGUGAUGGUGGAAAGUCCUAGCAUGCCUGUGAUCCUACAGCUCCAGCCCAUUCAAGUGAAACAGGAAUCGAGCCCUAAAAGUGCCCCCUCGACACCAGCACCAACACCAACACCACAACCUGCCUCAGACAUCAAAAUAACCCAGCUCCUUGUCAACAUCCAGGGUCAAACCUUCGCCCUGGUUCCUCAGGUGAUCCCACCAGCCAGCCUUAACAGCUCUUCCUCCAAGUUUGUCCGUAUCGCCCCAGUUCCCAUUGCCGCUAAACCCUUAGGUCUAGGGGAGAACGGAACAGUUGACGGCCAGGGAACAGGGCUUGUAGUUGGGGGUCACAAAUUCCAGAAGAGCUCGGUAGCUGAUCUUAUUAAAAUGCACAAGUGUACUUUCCCUGGCUGUGCCAAGAUGUACACCAAGAGCAGCCACCUAAAGGCGCACCUGAGGCGACACACCGGCGAGAAACCAUUCGCCUGCACUUGGCCUGGCUGUGGCUGGAGAUUCUCCCGGUCGGACGAGCUGUCACGGCAUCGCCGGUCUCACUCUGGAGUUAAGCCCUACCAGUGCCCCGUCUGCGAGAAGAAAUUUGCCCGCAGCGAUCACCUGUCCAAACACAUCAAAGUCCAUCGCUUUCCACGAAGCAGCAGGACAGCGCGCACUGCACACUGACCCCACACAACCCCCCGCCACGGAGAGAGAUAGAGAUACGAGCGAACGAACGAACAGAAGAAAGAGAGAAAGAGAGACACAUUCACUUGCGGUACUGUGAUAAUUUAUUAAGUGAGGCUCGGAUGAACUGAAGAAGAGUUUGUUCUGAAACUGUUACUUGACUCGUCGGCCUCACAAAUGUCGUAAGCUUCGUAGAUUGUAUUUUUGUAGCGUCCAUGAUUGUUUUCUAUGUUUCGAGAACAAAUUUUUAAAGUUCAAAUGCAUUUGUACUUUGAGGUAUGAAUUGUUGAUGUAUCUGCCAGUCAUCAACAUUCCUUGUUUAAAAUCACGAUAAAGUCACUUCUUUUGCCAACGUAACGUGUUUAGCUCCUCUAAACCAAAAAAGAGACUCGGGUUCAUUUGAACUACUGAUCAUUAGUAGGACUGUGCCAUUAUAAGCUACUGGCAAAAACAGAGGCUUGACUUUCAGUUGUAUGCUAGUAAACUGUGAAACGCCUCCGGACAGACCAUACAGCGAAUCAGCGGAAGUCAAAACGCGCACAUUUGACGUAUGUGAAAGGGCCAUCUGAUCAGUAUUGAAUUUUUCCCUGUUUUAGUUGAUAAUACAAAACCUUUCUUCAUUUCAUUCUUCUUUUUUGUCAUUUAUACCUUCUGGGCCUUUCUCUAAUCUAAAUGUUUGCAGCUGGGGCCAAGGCAUUUGUGGUUAAGCGCAUGCGGUCGGAAGAUAUUUUCGACAGCAAUCUUCAUAUCUGAGAAACCCGACGAUCCGAGUCAGUAAGUUGAUAGCUAAGCUAGGUCAAUAAAGACGAUCAGCUCUUUCAAACCUGCCUCAAACAGUCCUUUUGACCUGGGACUAUCUGCCAAAAUGUCUCUGCGAGACGAGCUUGAAUGACAGAAACUGGAAUUGCAAGGUGCUAACUGGUCUCGACCGCGAGCUCCCGCACAGGGGACGCUUGCGGGGCGAAUCCUCCUGCUUGGGAAAUGUAGUCUGGGACGCAUCUGGAGUUCAAAGAGGACGUUCUUCAUGGGAACUGUAGUCAUGGACACAGCUUGACUACUGAUAGGGCACGCCGGCCAUGUGUUCGCUAAAGAAUGCGUGUAAUAUCCAGCGGGGUGCUGAUAGUUAACGCUAAUAUUUAACACGUUGUAUAAUUGGAUUUCGAGGAGAGCUUUGUAACAACCUUGACAAUGCAAUCUGUUCUAUGCAGUCUGUUUUUGCCAAAACAAAAGCCCAAAUGGAAACAACUACAAAGUUACCCAGAGUGCCUCAGGUGAUGAAUGAACUCGUUGCUCUUUGCACUGCGCCAAACAGGCACAACAGGCACCUAUAGAUGCGUCAACGUAUAUAUAUAUAUAUAUAUGCACACAUAUAGCGUCGUGACAGGAGCUCUUCUGGUUCUCUACUUAAGAGUAGAAAUGAUUACGGUAUCGUUUUGCUGCUCGGCCUCUAAUAUUUAGCAACUGUUGUGGUCAGGAAAUCCGAUCUCAGAUCAGAUAGACUUGCAGAGAGCGGGCAGAAACCAGAACCACUCAGACCUCUCGCAUACCAGAAGAGUCCUGUAGGAAUGAAGGAAACAUUUGUUUUGCUGCUGUUUGUGCCUGUUUAACAUACAAACCAGUGUCAUGCGGAAGCAGAAUCUCUCCAAACACGUCGUUGUUGCUCUCUGAAAGAGGUAACCGUGCGUGAUUGGUUUUAAAAAGUCUAAAAAUCUAAAAAUACGUCAUACAGACACCCAGGCGGAGGUUGCGUACUGUUAGCGUUGCAUUCCUUGCCGUCUACAUGAAAUUUAUGGUGAAAUUGGUGCUUAUGGCCAACAUUGAAUGUAUGUAUACUGUAUGUACAGACUUUGUACAAAAUGUCGUUGGAUCAGAGAGUACCGGAUAUUCUUCUACUGACGUAUCUCGCGUCUUUGAUUGUAUAAAUGUCCCCUGUAAAAUGUAAACCAAUGUACAUAAUAACAAUUCAAUAUAUAAAUAUAUAUAUAUAUAUAAAUAUUAUAUAUUUUUCUUGAUAUACAUCAGAUGCAUUUACAAAUAAAUUGAAAAUAAGAA